AGUCAAUUUUAAUUUGUCAAUUUACCACAGCAAAACUUGUUCAUGUGUUAUGAAAUAAAUAAUUGAAUUCAUCUAAAAGAUUCAUAAAUAACUAUAAACAUUACGUUUUUCUAAGAUGGCGACUAAAUCGAUAGCAAGUGCAACGGUUAGAGCAGUGAAAAAGCGAGUGCUACCGUCAAGGGCGGCAUUAGUUCUUACACCUUCUGCUGUGAACAAAGUUAAAGAAAUAAUGGCGAAAGAAGAAGCCAAAGGUUUCAUUGGACUAAAAGUUGGGGUAAGACAGCGGGGUUGUAAUGGAUUGUCUUACACUCUGGAUUACGCUAAAAAUAAAGAGAAAUUAGAUGAAGAAGUCAAACAAGACGGUGUCACUAUCAUCAUUGAUAAAAAAGCUCAGUUAACACUAUUAGGAACUGAAAUGGACUUUGUGGAAGACAAACUAUCAGCUGAAUUUGUGUUCAACAACCCAAAUAUUAAAGGCACAUGUGGAUGUGGAGAAUCAUUUAGUAUAUAAAUAUGACUUUGCGCUGUAACUUUUCAAAUUACAAAUACAGUUAGUCAAGAAGCAACAAAAAAAUUAGCAUAUUGUGUUGGUGCUUACACAUUUUCAAUUGCAAAAAAAUAGGAAAUAGUAUCCUGCUUUGAAUUAGAGCACUUAACGAUAAUUAUAAAAAAUCCAUCAUAACAGUACACUACAGUACACUGCUAAUUUAACAGGAUGACCGACAAAUGUGACAGAUUAUCAUAGUAUGUAUGUAAUUUUUGUGAUAUUAUAUUCAGUAGUAGUACAUAAUUUAAUUAGAUCUGGAAAUCUUAUGAAAAUCUUUUAAAUCAGAAUACUUGAUGAUUCAGCUUUGGCUUAAAUAAUUUAAAUUUUAUUCAAAUUGCCACUAUCCAGAUAGCUGAAAUGUCAUUUUACAAACCUAAAACUUAAAACCUAAGGCCUGGUUUCCAAUUAUAAAUUUUUGGCUUGUGUGCAUCGCAUCUUAUUAUCAAGUUAGAGCUUUUUAUAAUGAAUUAAUUCUUGAGCAGAAGACAAACACAUC